GAGAGAAAAAGGGGGAGCACAUGUGUAUGCUUGUCACUGAGGGUCUGGGAGGACGGAGGGAGGCCGCCAUAUGCUGACUGGAUUCCUGUUCCUGUGUGCAGAGCGCUGGCCGGCCGGGAACACGCCAUGGGAAGCUCACAUCUCCUCAACAAAGGCAUGCCUCUAGGCAUCAGACCUCCCAUCAUGAACGGGCCGAUGCACCCGCGCCCCCUGGUGGCGCUGCUGGACGGCAGAGACUGCACCGUGGAGAUGCCCAUCCUGAAGGACGUCGCAACCGUGGCGUUCUGCGACGCUCAGUCCACGCAGGAGAUCCACGAGAAGGUGCUAAACGAAGCCGUGGGGGCGUUGAUGUACCACACCAUCACCCUGAUGAGGGAAGACCUGGAGAAGUUCAAGGCGUUGCGCAUCAUCGUUCGCAUCGGCAGCGGCUACGACAACAUAGACAUCAAAUCCGCCGGGGAGCUUGGUAUAGCCGUGUGCAACAUGCCGGCAGCGUCGGUGGAGGAGACGGCCGACUCCACGCUGUGCCACAUCCUCACCCUGUACCGACGCAUCACCUGGCUGCACCAGGCUCUCCGGGAAGGGACGCGGGUUCAGAGCGUGGAGCAGAUCCGAGAGGUGGCGUCCGGCGCGGCCAGGAUCAGAGGAGAGACGCUGGGACUCAUUGGGCUCGGCCGGGUCGGCCAGGCCGUCGCCCUGCGAGCCAAGGCCUUCGGCUUCAACGUGGUUUUCUACGACCCGUAUUUGGCCGACGGCGUAGAAAGAUCCCUGGGGCUCCAACGGGUCACCACCCUACAGGACCUUCUCUUCCACUCUGACUGUGUCUCUCUGCACUGCAGCCUCAACGAGCACAACCACCACCUGAUCAACGACUUCACCAUCAAACAGAUGCGGCAGGGGGCGUUCCUGGUGAACACGGCCAGGGGGGGCCUGGUGGAUGAGAAGGCUCUGGCUCAGGCUCUGAAGGAGGGCAGGAUACGCGGGGCGGCCCUGGAUGUCCAUGAGACAGAACCUUUCAGCUUCAGUCAGGGUCCGCUGAAGGAUGCUCCCAACCUGAUCUGCACGCCGCACGCCGCCUGGUACAGCGAACAGGCAUCACUGGAGAUGAGAGAAGAGGCGGCGAGGGAAAUCCGGAGGGCUGUGACAGGUCGGAUCCCAGACAGUCUGAAGAAUUGUGUGAAUAAGGAGUUUCUCUCACCCAACAACCACUGGGCCGUCGACCCGGCGGCGGUCCACCCUGAGCUCAACGGCGCCUACAGGUACCGGCCGGCGCUGAGGUACCCCCCCGGGGUGGUGAGCUUGCCGGCCGGCGGCCUCCCUCCGCCAGUUGAAGGCAUCGUCCCGAGCGCCGUGCCCAUCACGCACACCCUCCCGCCCGCUGCCGCACACCCGCCUCACGCGCCGUCUCCCGGACAGAACACGGUGAAGCCACCAGAGGGCGACAGAGAGCAGCACCCCAGUGACCAGCUGUAGCCCCUCCCACACCGACCGCCGUUCAGGUGCCACCUGCUUCCCAACAGACAGGUCUCACUCCCAGCGGGAGCAGGACUGACGCUUUACUCAACAACCCAGAAAGUUCCUCUAAACCAACAUCUGAUCGUUGGUUCCUCAACAGAAAAAAAUUAAAACACUUUUAAAUUGAUUUGGGGGGAAAAAAGAAUUAAGAAAAUCUUUAGGCUGUUGGUGUCCAAAGUUAGAGGGUUUCAUGUGUUGUGUGUCUUUUCCUUAGUUUGAUGUGACAUCAAAGUUAUUGGGUUUGAAAUGAAUGUAAGCAGCCUGUGAACAGAUUUUAGAACAUGAUGAUAUUCGUAUUCCAGUCUGAACACAAACUGGUUUAAAAAUACAAUAUCUCGUUUUCUUUUUAUUUGUCCCUAAAUUAGCAAGGCCCCAAAAAGAGGCAGCUUUUUGCACACCAUCUCAGGAACCUACGUUUCCACAAUUGGUAAUCUAGGUUUUUCUAACAUUUUUCUUUUCUAAAUAGUUUUUAUGCCACUCAGUGCUUUUGUUUUUCUACCUGCUUGCCUUCCUGUGUCCCGCUGCGUUAGAAAACUUUAGUGACAUAUAAAGUUGAUCUAAUGCUUGUUUCUGUUGGUUUUGUUUAAGGAGCAUGUCACUUUGCUCUGGGAUUGUGUAAAUGUUCGAACCGAAGGCGUAACGGGAGGAACGUUUAGGAGAGGUGGUGAAAUGGUGAACAUGCUGUGACCUGUUGAUUCUGAUGUUUUCAUUCAUGAGCUGACGAGGCGACAGACUGAGACAGACUAAAAACAUGGUUUGUUUUUAAUAAUUCACCUAUUCUGGCUGGAAUUUCUGCUCCUGUUCAGACCAGCAUUAUAACUUUGAUGCAGGAAUGACAUUUCUGUUGACCAAAAUGACCAACACUAUGCUAGGCUACGUUCACACAGCAGGCAGAUGCAACCAAAACACCCCAAACUUUCACCCCAAAAAUACAAUUUGUUCCACUUACACAUUUGGAUAAAUCUUUACUACCGUAAACAGAGCACAGCGGCGGCCAUCUUUAGUGCCCUAAACAGAGCACAGCGGCGGCCAUCUUUAGUGCCCUAAACAGAGCGUUGUGGCGGCCAUCUUUACUGUGGUAAACAGAGCGUUGUGGCGGCCAUCUUUACUGCGGUAAACAGAGCGUUGUGGCGGCCAUCUUUACUGCGGUAAACAGAGCGUUGUGGCGGCCAUCUUUACUGCGGUAAACAGAGCGUUGUGGCGGCCAUCUUUACUGCGGUAAAUAGAGCGUUGUGGCGGCCAUCUUUACUGCGGUAAACAGAGCGUUGUGGCGGCCAUCUUUACUGUGGUAAACAGAGCGUUGUGGCGGCCAUCUUUACUGCAGUAAAUAGAGCGUUGUGGCGGCCAUCUUUACUGCGGUAAAUAGAGCGUUGUGGCGGCCAUCUUUACUGUGGUAAACAGAGCGUUGUGGCGGCCAUCUUUACUGCAGUAAAUAGAGCGUUGUGGCGGCCAUCUUUACUGCAGUAAACAGAGCGUUGUGGCGGCCAUCUUUACUGCGGUAAAUAGAGCGUUGUGGCGGCCAUCUUUACUGCGGUAAAUAGAGCGCUGCUGGGCGACAUCUGUCUUCUUCUCCUGUGCAUUUGGAUUAUCAAGCACAAAAAGAGUCCAACUUCGGUCACUUUUAAUUAGUAGAAUGAUCAUGCAAAAAAAAAGUCAGAUUGAGAUUGAGACCUGCUGAGAGAACGUUGCCAUGGCGACCUGUACAGGUCUCAUUUUGUUCCACAUAAUGGAUCCAUGUUUUACCCCUGAGGGUUUAACUCCAUCACAAAUCAAACUCUGAAUCAGUUUCCACACAACAACACUUAGCUUAGCUUCAACUUUCACUACAAGCUAAUAAAGAUGAAGGUAGACACUCAGACGAAGGCGAACAUUCGUCAUUUGGCUCAGACACAAAGAGAAAAACACAAAGUCGAAGCUGCAGCUGACAGUUUGGAGCGAACAGAAACUCUUAAGAAAGCUUUUUGCUAUUUGAUUGACUUUAUGCUCACAAACUCCUUUUCCAGAUUUCUGUCCAAGCUGCGUCAUGAACAGCAUUUCGUUUUCUCUCUUUAGCUUUCAGUUAGUUUUUCUCUUGAAUUCGGAAGCAGAAAAUGUUUCAAACAAUAAAACUUUUUCUGAGGACUAAAAUCUGCCUUCCUGGCUCGUUUACAUCCUCACCCCACACCUAGCUUAGCAUAUUCGCCUUAAAUAGUUUGGUUUUCUGUCUACAACAGAAAACAACAUCAUCCAUAUAUGGAAGUGCUUCCUGUUUUACACAAAGCGAUAGGUGUCGUUUUUUUAAAUUACUUUUAUACUUUUUUAAACAGAAAAGGCCAGUUGUGAUUUAUUUCACGUCUUUUAUUUUGUAUUUUCGGGUUUCCUGGCUCUAAACUACGACUCUGUUAUGCACUUUAAGUUGAUUCUUCCACCUUCCAGGUCCCGGGAUGUUACGACAGUAAAAACGGUUAAACUUGGGUAAAGAUGAGACUCGGAUGAUCUCUGAAGAUUGUUUUAACAUCUCAAGAAGAAACGCCUGCCUGCUUUCCACAAACAGACAUGAGCACAGAGAAGCGGCGGCGUUUGUUUCCCCGAGCGGCCUGAGGUUUCCUGGAGUCCCUCUGACAUCAAGCCCUUCCUGUUGCUACCAUUUAACCACCUGCUCUCUUCAUGUGUACAUACAGUGUUCUGCUUGCCUGUGUCUAUGUGACUUGGUUGUUUCUGUGUCUAAAAGCGGCGCCAGUAGGGGGGGCAGUAAAUUACCCAGAAUCCCUUUCUGCUCCCCCUACUGCAGCUGCGUAGUAAAAACAGUUUCCUGUUGCCUACCUGGUCUUCUUCAUGGUGAGGCAGCGAGCGUCGCGGUCAGGGAUGGACAUUUCCACCGCAGAGCGUUUCAGGCUGUUAGGGCCCAAAAUGUUGGAUUACGAGAAUAAAGUCAAAAUAAUGUAAGAACAAAACCGUUCAGACAGGAAGUAGAAAUACGAGAACAAAACUGCAUGUCAGUCAUGAUGUGAUAAUAAAAUCAAUGAAAUUAUGAGACUAAAGUCAUUAAAUAAUCAUAAUAUCAGCAGAAUAAAGAAGCUAUUUUACCUCAAAAAGGAUUAAAAACAACACCAGGAAACCUUGUGAUUUUAAUAACUAUCAAAGUUUUGCUUUUGUCUAAAAACUUUCCAUCUUUCUUCUGGUAUUUUUGUGUCUUUAUUCUCAUAAUUUUCUGACUUCAUCCUCGUAAUUCUGAAUAAAAUGAAAAGAACCUACAGCUCCGCGCCGCCGCAGACUGAAGGUUCUGGUUCUUCCCACACAAACUGCAAACAUUCCUGGUCCAAACCGACGGAUCCGGCGGUUCCCCUGAAAUGCCGUCCCUGGCGGGAGCGCCCCCUGCUGCCGGCCUUCAUGGUGACGUAGUAGGCGUAGCAAUAUUCAGUACACAUAUUAAUCUAUAUUCUACAGUAAAUAUCCUUAUUUUUGGUCAAACGACAACAACUGAAAAAGAUGUUUGUGACUGUAUGCAUUUGUAUGAAUUAUUUUAAAAGGAAAUAAACUGUGGAAGG